UAAUUCAAUAUUGAAACAAUUAAAUAUUCCAAUGCGUUUUAAGCCUCGUUUUUGUGCAUAUUGCAAACGGAAACGUAUACGUCAAUCUGGAUAUUCCUUUUUCAAGUUUCCAUUGGAUAAAUCAAAACUUUUAAAGAAGUGGCUUGAUAGCAUGGGAAUCAAGAAUUGGACUCCUGACAAAAGCAGUGUUUUAUGCUCGGACCAUUUUGACCAAACUUGUUUACGCAAGAUAGGAGAAAAAUAUUUCACGUUAAAAGAUGGAAGCAUUCCAACGAUAUUUAAUAAGAAGAUCCUCUUCAUGAAGUAAAGCUUGAUCAAAAUUUAAAAAAGAAUCAGAAGAUAUAUUUUAAGAAUAAUAAGACUGACUCUCCACAAAAGGCUUCUUGCAAUAAAUCAAUCCAAACUUACUCAGACGAUGAAGAUAUAGAUAGAUUAGCAAUAUCUAAUAAAAUUGUAGACCUUGAUCAUCAUUACCAUAUUUCUCCAUCAAGACUAAUUGACAAGCUUAAUAGAAGAGUAGAGCUUAGUAGAGCUUUAAGAAAAAGACGAGAAACAUUAAAGAAGAGACAACACAAGAUUCAACUUUAAAGACAACAGCUUUGACGUUUUAAAAAUUGUAUAACGAAUUUAAAAGGAACAAUAAAGGAAUUACAAUGCCAACACAUGAUGAAAAAUGUUUGAACUGUAUGUCUGUGGUUAGAACGGACAGAAUAUCCGGAUGAGAUAAAAUAUGGAAAUGUCUGAAUUGAAAACAACUGUGUUAUAUAUUAUGGAAUAUGGAAAAAUCGAUUGCAUAAAGAACAUUAACGAUUAAUUUUGACAUAUAUGUAUUAUAUUUACAC